GCUGAGAGUCAAAAGACUUGUUUGUUUUGUACAUUCGUUCCAAAACGGUUGGCACGAGGAGUCGGUGACCUUGAACCAAGUUGCUAGGUGAAACAGCUGUUUGGGGAUUUCGUUUUCGAACUUUCGCUUAGGAUUUCUGUUCUGGAUUUUGAUCCAAUAUGGACUCAUUCUUCAGUCUCUUUGACCCUUCAGAGGGCAACCAGAACAAGCCCAGCAAGAAGACCAGACAUAAAAACGACCAGGAGAACGUCAGGAAGAAUCCAGACGCUCCGAAAGGUCGUCGCAGAGGCCGCCGAUCGCACGGCAAGAACGAAACUUUGCCCGAAGAGUCGUCCUUUCUGUGCGAGCCUGAUCUCAGCAACGAGAUACUUGUGAAGGAUUGCAGUUACAUUGAAAACUACAUUGAAGUCAACAGAUAUGACGACGAUACAAAAGGUGACAGCGAGAAGAAACCACGCAGACGGAAUUCCGGUCGAAAAAACAGACGGAAAAAGAAUAAAAUAUCCCCAGCAAAAGACAUCCUACCCAACACAGCAUGGCAAGACCCCAUAGAUUUAUCUGAAACUACCCUCAACAACCAAUCUGCUAUACCCAAGAUAUGUGACGAAAAGAUAGGCAAAAACGUCAACGACCUAAAAAAUGAGGAUUACAAGAAGACUAAAAGGAAAGAUAACAAAGGAAAAGAUAAAGAUAAAGAUGGUUUCACAGAUCGCGUGUACAAUGUGAUAGAUAAAUUGGAGAAGGUCGGCAUAAAGGAAGAUAUGUAUCUGGCCGGGGAUUUCAAUGCUGAGGACUUGGAAAGUGAUUUUUUCUAUAGUUCUGAUGACAUGGAUGAUUUUUGUGAUGAUACCACAUCAGACGCAGAGGACUCCGGCGACGAAUGCUACGGCAGUUUGCCGCCUGAACCGAGAUUCGGCAACGUGGAAUACAAGCUGCAACUAGUGUCACCCUGUGAAAGGAGGUUCCAGCAUUUAGUCACACAGCUAAAAUGGCGUCUUCGUUCCGGUGGAGGUAGCGCCGUGUACGUAGUAGGGGUCCGCGAUUGCGGAGCACUGAGGGGCUUACGCGCCGGCCCGCUCCGCGCCUCGCUGCGUGCUCUGCGGAGCAUGGCCAACGCUAUAGGCGCCGUGCUCGCGAGCGCACGUACGCGACGCGUCGCGCCUAAUAGGGCGGUCGCUGAAGUUUAUAUCAGGAAGUUGGCUGAUACACAGCAGAGCGUGGAGCUGAGGGUGGCUGUGAUGGGAGCCAACGAAGCUGGGAAAUCUACACUUAUAGGUGUUUUGACUCAAGGCGAACUCGAUAACGGUCGGGGCAGCGCUCGUCUAAACAUGUUCCGACAUCUACACGAGGUGAAAAGUGGUCGCACCUCCUCCCUCAGCCAUGAGAUACUGGGGUUCGAUGCUCAGGGUAACGUGGUGAACUAUGGGUGUUCAGAACUCAUGACCGCAGAAAGGAUUGGUGAAAGAAGUGCAAAAUUAGUGUCGUUCCUAGAUUUGGCCGGUCAUAGUAAAUACCAGAGGACAACCCUACACGGUCUCACCGGGUAUUCCCCGCACUACGCUAUGCUUGUGAUCUCCGCCACUGCUGGUAUAACCCGUAUAACAGAAGAGCACAUUGGUCUACUGUUAGCCUUGGACAUGCCAUUCUUCGCUGUCAUCAACAAAUGCGAGCUAGCUAAUAUAGCUGUCACUUCUGUAGUGCAAAGACUGGCGCAAUUACUGGAACCAGCGAAUAGGAAACCAUUAUUAAUAACGGAUGAAAACCUCGCGCGCAACUGCGUAGUGCCGCAGAAGUCUAUACUGGACGCCAUAGACAGCACCACAGACACGGCUAAAGAAGACGAGUUGGAAAUGGAGGUGGUGCCAGUUUUCCCAGUGAGUUGCGUUCGCGGCGCGGGACUUAACUCUCUCCACGCGUACUUGCUAGCCCUCCAGCCGCCAGGGGAUAGCGUGCAGCAUAAACCAGAAGAUGAAACGUGUGAAUUCCAAAUAGACGAGAUUUUCCACGUGGGGGAGUCGACGGGCCCCGUGGUGGGAGGCCUGCUGGCCAGGGGACAGCUGCACGAGGGGGACAACCUGAUCAUAGGGCCUCUAGACACGGGUGAAUUUGUCGAAAUAUCAGUGAAGACAAUCUACAGGAACCGUGUACCCUGUGGUAGUGUGAAGGCAGGUCAAAGCGCAUCACUAGGCCUGAGCCACUACCCACCCAACCUGCGGCAAGGCAUGGUGUUGCUUGCCGUGCCUGACAAGUACAAGUGUGGCGACUGUGAUAAGCCUACCUUUGGGGGGUGCCCACCCGGCAAGUGCAAAGGACGACAGAUAAACAAACUAGUACAAACAUCACAGAACAUUGAAAAGAAUCGUAAAAACGCGCGGAGACAAAACAAAAAUAUCCUCCAAGACAUUGCCAACGUUCAAAACAAUUUAACUAAAACCAUAGACAAAGGUGCUGCCAACAUACAGAACAUAAUCAUAGACAAGGAUAUACCCAACUUCCAGAACAAAACAAAUUCGAUGGAUGAAAAAGAUAUCACAAAUAUUGAAAAACGAAUCGUCGACAAGCAUAAAGAUAUGACCAUCAUUCAAAAAAUAAUCAUAGACAAAGAUAUAGCCAACAUUAACACAACGAAAUCCAUGGACAAAGAUACUAUCAAUAUUGAAAAGUUAAUCAUAGAUAAACAUAAAGAAGCUACCAAUCUUCAGAAAAUAGAUAAAAAUGCUACCAACUUACAAAAACUAACGAUGACCAUAGAGAAAAACCCCAAUAUGUAUACAUCUGAUGAUGAUAGCGAAUAUGUAAAGGAUGUGAUAGGGUGUGAUAGCAACGUGAUAGUUGGUGAUGACGUGUGUGUUUGUGAUGAUGUCGUGUUAUUAGAAGACCCUAAUGAUCCAAGGGGAUGCAUUUAUUUUCAAGCGUCAGUACAUGUCCUGCGCCACUCGACCGCCAUUUACCCCGGGUUCCAGUGUUCCGUACAUGUUGGAAACGUGCGGCAGACGGCGAUCAUUGAGGGUAUAAUGUCUCCAAACAACGUGUUGAGAGCGGGUGAGGCUGCGCCAGUAAUCUUUCGUUUCGCGCGUUGUCCAGAAUACUUGGUCAAGGGCAGACGACUGCUGUUCACUGCUGGAUUGGGGACCAGAGCCAUCGGUCGAGUGACGCAGACUUUCCCGUAUGUUCCGUGAAAAUACUGAACUGUCAAAUUAUG